CAGAGAGAGAGAGAGAGAGAGAGAGAGAGAGGCAGAGAGAGGCAGAGAGAGAGAGAGUGAGAAACAAAGAGACAGAGAGAGAGAGAGUGAGUGACGGAAAGAGAGAGAGAGGGAGAUAAGGAGAGUGUGUUUUUCCAUCACUGUCAGAGCAGCAGGACAGAGACACACAGACAAGGAGAGCCAUCGAACCAGUUCAGGGUUGGCCGGAGUCAUGAGCUCCCCUGACGUGCCUCGGGCCUCCAAGGUCAGUUCCAGCGUCAACGUCACCAUCACUGCCCCCAGCUUCUACAACCUGCCCAGGAAGUUUGCCCCGGUGGUCGCUCCCAAACCCAAGGUGAACCCCUACAAGUCGAAUAGCCGGCCCGAGACCGCCACCGCCCUGCCUCCCGCGUCCGCUGGCGGCUGCAGCAGGGCCAGACUUGGCCGCGUGGGUGAGACCCCGGACACCGGACCAGCCGAAGACUUCCCCCUCCCUCCCCCGCCCCCGGCCGACGAGGUUCUCCUCCCCCCGCCGCCCGGCGACAUCCCCCCGCCCCCUCCCCCUCCCCCCCCUCCCCCCUUCGAGGACUCCUUCCCUCCGCCGCCGGCCGAGGAGGUUUUCCCAUCGCCGCCGGGCCCCCUGGAGGAAGAGGCACCCACAGUCGACUGGACGAGCGAGGCGCAGGGUUAUCUAUCCCGUGAUGCUACGAUACUGACCCAGGUCUUGAGAUUUACCAAAUCGUAA